UUGGAAAGGGAGGACCUCAAAGCGCCAAGAUGGCGGCGCCCAUGGGAGAUGCCGGGGAGUUUGAAAGCUGGCUCAACGACCGACUGGACUUGUUAGAAGUUGACCGUGAGGUGUACGGUGCAUAUAUUUUAGGAAUACUAAAGGAAGAGGAGAGCGACGAGGAAAAGGAAGAUGCGCUUCAGGGAAUUUUGUCCGCUUUUCUGGAUGAAGAUACCAUAGAAGAGGUCUGCAAGCAGAUUAUCAGUCACUGGAAGGAGUGUUGCAACCGAUUGGCUGCCAGACAAAACACCGAUGACGCUGAGGUCCAGGCCAUUGCCAGCAUGAUAGAAAAACAGGCUCAGAUUGUGGUGAAACAGAAAGAGGUGUCUAAGGAGUCGAAAAAGAGAAAAGAGGCCCUUCUUGCUCAAUACGCUAAUGUGACGGAUGACGAAGAUGAAGCUGAAGAAGGGGAGCCACCAACUGGAAUUGAUGCUCCUGGAAGUGAUAAAUCCCUGUUCAAGAACACCAACGUGGAGGAAGUGCUGAACAGACAGAAGCAAAAGCGUGACCAGGCUCGGGAAGAUGCUCAGAAGAAGAAAGAAAUGGACAAAAUGCAACGAGAGAAGGACAAACUAGCCAAACAAGACAGAAAAGAGAAAGAGAAGAAACGUACACAAAAAGGUGAACGUAAAAGAUAAAAUCAAAAGAAAGGACUUUUAUUUUUUUGCUUAAAAAAAAAAGAAGCUUGAUUUGCAAAAAAAAAUACUUAAAAGAAUGGGAAAGUAAAAGCUAGAAAUGUGUGCUUCUUAACAAAAUCUCCUAAUAUGUUAAUAUCAUGUUUGUCAGAUUCUUGGUAAGGACUCUCUUAAAAUUCUAAAAUGAAUACAUUUACACUAAUUUAAGGUGAUUCAGAGAAACCUUAAACAUGAUGUACCUAUGCUGAAACAAUGUUCUACCUUUAGGAAAUUCUUUUCAAAGUGUCAUACUUUGGAUACCUUGAAGUAAGAAAAAAUUAUGCAACUGUUAUUCCAGCAGCCAUCAUCUGAUAUAUGCUUCCUAACUCUCAAUAGAAAGUCAUCUGCAUUUUUGAGUAUUAGGUUUUGGUUUUACUUUCUAUACAUUCUGCCGAGAAAUACAAACAACAUUUGCUAAAUUAACCUAAUUGUACGAUGUUCCACCAUUCAAAUGUUUUGAAGUUUCUGUUUUUAAAAGUACUAAUAAAAUCUUUGUUUUCCA